UUGGGUUAUGGUACUCCCGGUUUGAGCAGCAGUAAGACCAGGUGGACAUUACAUGAAUGCGGUGACUGCGGAAACAAAUACAAGCACAAAGGUUCCUUACAACGGCAUAUGAAGUAUGAGUGUAGAAAACAGCCGAGUUUCAAGUGUCCUUACUGCGUAUACCGGGCUUACCAGAAGCACAAUCUCCUGCUUCAUGAGCGCCAUCUACAUAAAGAUUUGCCAGAGAAGGUGGAUUUCGUGUCGGAAUGA